AUGGAACAAGAUGGGGGGGGCUCCCACUCACCCACUCACACCUCAGACACAGGGUCAGACACAGACUCGAGGCAAGUAACCGCAGAUAAUCACUCUGUGUCAGAGAAACGUCUGGCGGCCAUGUUGCAGGACCUACGCACCUCUAUGAAGACUGAAUUCCAAGGUGCGGUCUCCGACAUGCGCAAAGACAUCCAUGAAGUGGGGACACGGGUGAAUGCGCUAGAAGAAAAAACUGAUGAGCUCUGUCACAUGAACGACACCAUAGUAGAGAAAAUACAAAGGAUGAAAGCUGAUAACAAACGCCUUAUGGAAAAACUGGCGGAUCUGGAAGACCGCUCCUGCCGCAAUAACAUCCGC